AAAAAAAAAUGAGUUAGGUAGGUUUGCCAUGGAGGAAGAGGAGCCCCCUACCCAGGAGCUGCACGAACAGGAAUGCGAGCAGGAACCGGAACCACAAGAGCUGGAACUGUGGUGUCUGAUUGUUGGGAUGGUCGGCACGGCGUUUCCCGUCAUUGUCAAGGGAACCGACCGCGUUUGGGAGCUGCAGAAGACGGUCAAAAACGAAGCUGUGGAGAUCUACGGAGACUUUAACGCCGCCCAGCUGAGGGUGUAUCUGGCCAAGAAAGACAACGGCGAGUGGCUCACGGCGGAUGAAGUGAACAGUAUUGAGAACGGAGACACCGGGCCAGCCAAGGGUUUGCUGGACAGAGGCCAUCUGGCAUCCAUGAGUCGAUUGGCAGCGAUCUUCAAACACCGUGACGCCAACGUCGUCCACAUUCUCGUUCAAGCACCCCCGACAAAUGCAGAGAUAGAGGUACAGCCAGAUAUUUCUGGUAAGAGGAAACGAUCGGAGCAAUCGAUUGGGGACACUCAGACUAUCAGCGUUUCUGCAGACGAAUUGAGUCUCCUCUGCGACGUGUUAAAGCAGGACAAGCAGACUGAACAGAACUUGAUUGCAACUUCUGGUCUGAGGGAGUUCUGGAAAGGAUAUGGAGGAUUUCCGUCGUCAUAUUUCGUACGGAAGGAGGAGCUUGUGCUUUGGAGACUGGUCAUGCGGAUGAUGUCGAAGCAGGACAAGCGGGUCACGAUUGUGGGCUCAGCUGGGGUUGGCAAGUCGUGCUUCCUCGUGGUGGUCGGUUUCUAUUUGGCAUUUAUUGAGAAGCGGAAAGUUCUGGUUGUUCGGCGUUUGAAUGGUUUUUCUGAAUCUAAUUGUGUUGUUUAUCUUGAUGGUGAAAGCAAUACUUGCAUCAAAAAGACCAACUUGACGGCUGCGAAGAUUUCAUCGCUUUCUGAUAGGAAGGAAUUCCAAGGUGCUUUGACUCUCGUUGAUGGUUACUCUCGAGCGGAAGUGGAACACCAAAUUGGCAACUUCCCGUACCAACUUAUCGCGUCAUCCUUGGAGGAUGCGUAUUCGACUGAUGAAGUUGUGCUGCCGGCGUGGCGUUUUAAUGAUUUGCUGCGUUAUGCUGAACUGAAUCUAGAGGAUUGGAAACAAAUGACGGGUCUAGAUCAGGAGAAGGGCAAAACCCCGCUAGAACUGGCUCAGGAACAAUACUUCUAUAGUGGUGGAAGUCUUCGUGACUAUUGUAGAAAUCGCACAGAUGUCAAGAAUGGAAUAGAUGGAGUUUGUGCUAUUGUGAGUAGUGCACAGACGCUUGAAAUGAAGCUCGAGCAAGGCCCCCGAGGGUACACUUUGUGGGAUCGAAUUCGGCGACACUACGUCGUCGACCCAAACGAUGAAGAACAUUACUGGUUGGUUUGCCACUGGGAGAUGGCGAUGGAUUCCGGGUAUGCAUUCAAGCGAAUAGGACGCUUUAUGAACGAAAAAAUGCAACUAAACCUCUACCAGGUCGCUAAGAACCUUCGAGCUGGAUUUGAGGGAGCGGCAUUUGAACAGUACUUCCAUGGUGCAGUUUGGCGGUCGACCAAAAGGUAUCCUAUUCAGUUGGUAAACGUCGUGGUUAACUCAGACCCAUCGUACUCAAAUCAGAGAUAUGACCGACUUAUACUGCACGGCCGUCCGGUUGUCUAUACGGGAGGUACUGAGGAGGAGUGCUACGAAAAUUUGUCGCAAUUGGCGCGGGGGGAAUAUUGUCAUCUUGACAAUGUAAACUUCCCUUUUGUCCAAGCCGUGGUGGUGUGUGAAGGGAUUUUAAGAGGAAGCAACUUGAAGGAAAAAGUUGUGACCAUGAUCAGCACUGUUGCCUCCAAUACGAAAACAUUCAAGUCGGAGCUUUGGACCAAGCUAAUCAAGGCACUUGAUCGCAGCGAGCAUAUUUCACGCAGCAUUCCACGAGUAUUUGUGGUGGUCGGCUCUGAUGCCAGCACGUGCAAGAGCUUCACCUUGAUCGACGCUCCCGAUCCAGAUAGUUUUAUGGUGUGCUGCUAUGACCCGCUGAAAUUUCUCCGGAAACCUCCAAAUGCCAGAAUAACAUGAAGAGGGUCAUGGGAUAGUUUUCAUAAUGAAAAUACCAACAUGUAAAACAACGGAAGGCUGUCAAACAUUGUUUUUCUGCUUCAAGCUUUGGAAUCUCUGUUUCUGUUAAACAUGAUGUACAAAAUUCGUACGGCUUGUACAUGUAGCAGCUCAAACUU